UCAGCUGUGUUUAUUUUCAAAAAUUAUUGGUCUGAAAAGAUCAAUGAAAUCACGCUAUUAAAUAAUAAAUAAUGGUGUUUUUCAAAGGUUGGCGUUAUGCCACAUUUAUCGGAGGUUUCGUUGGUUUUAUUGGACUCACUAUGUAUCCCAUUGCGAUCAGUCCGAUGUUAGAUGCGUCGCAGUACAAACAAAUUCAGAAAGUCACUAGGAGAAAUUUAAAUCCGGAACAGAUUCAACCAGGCAAUAUGAAAGUGUGGUCAGAUCCAUUUGACAGAAAACAUGAUAAUUAAAUUGUUGUUUUCAAUGUAUUGGCAUGUAAGUUGUAAAUAAUUACAGAUAGAUUUUAGUUUUAAAUAUAUCAUUAAAACAAUUUGUUUUGUUAUGUAAUACUCCUUUUAAUUCAUUGAUGAAAAAAUCACUAUUGAGAUUUAAUAUGCCAAUUAAUUGUUAAAUAGGUAUGAUUAUGGUUUGAGUACAAAGAAUACGAUAGUCUGUUACAUUCUUCCAAAUCCACAACAGUAAAGCAAGGUAAUUCCUGAAUUUUCUCCUUUCCAACUCAACUAAAUUUGUAUUCUAAGGUAAAUUGCUACUUAGCAAUAAGGUCGCCUGUUCUGCCGCCGCCGUUAGAAGUGCGCAUGUGACAUUUUUUCAAAACUUUGGUUAUGUAUACAGCCAUGAUCAUUAAAAAAAGCCAAUCUGUCACUAUUUUUAUUUUUCAUACGUAGUUAAGGUGUUAAGUUACUGCAAGAAAAAAGUAGAUAUUUUUCAAUUUCAUUUCUGUAACAUUAUUUUCUCGGUUUUGAGUUUUUGUCAGAUGCGCCCUUUCAAGCAGCGGUGGCAGGAUUGUACAUUAGCUUAUUCUCUGAUACUUACAUUAAAUCUGUGUUAUCGUAAUAUUUUAAUGUGCAAUACCUUAAUACAACAAUUCCAUUCAUUUAUUUAAAAUGUUCAGAUAUAUUGAGACAAAUAAGAAAUGAUGUUAAGUUUCGUAAAUUUAUUUAUUUGAAUAACUUCUUUGUGGUCAAAGAACAUUAGGAACUUUUAAAAAACAAUUUGUUUCUAUAAUACUCUCUGUGUAGGUUCUCUGUCGUUGUAGAUUCUCGUCUCAGUAAAUUCUAUCAAAAUUUACCAGUCAAUUUUUGAGUAAAAUCGCGUGUGUUCCUCAACUUGAUGCGAAAUCAUCGAUUACUUCGAUAACAUAUAACAAUAACGCGCAUCAAAUAUUACCGCAGCAAGACCAAUAUUAUUAUUUUUUUUUUAAUAACGUUCACACU